AUGGGGAUCGUGGAGGCGUGGGUGCGGGAGAAGCCCAUCCGCACCUUCCUAGCCCGACUCGCCCAGCGCCGGGCGGCCGCCGCUGCUGCCUUCCUCGCCUCACCCUCUGCUACCGCGGUCAUCGACGGCGAGGGCGGCGGCGACGGGAGCAUCCCGCAGCUCUCCUCCGUCGCCAACUCCGUCGUCUCCCGCUGCUCAAGGAUUCUUGCUCUUUCAAUUGAGAACUUACAGCAAAGCUUUGAGACUGAUUUUCUACACAAUUGUAAUGAGGAGACCAAUACAUAUGCAAGAGACCUUUUAGAGUAUUGCUGCCACAAAGCUCUUCAUGAAGUUACUACACGUCCAGACUAUUUGGCUGAUAAGAAUCUUCGUUGCUUGAUGUUUGAUAUGAUGCUUGCAUGGGAAACCCCAGGCGCUCAGGAUGCGUCAGUAGAAAAUGAUUCUAUUGUCCAUGAUUCCCUUGAGACUGAAGAUGAGGAUGAGGGGUCAAUUUUUUAUGCAAAUUCCACAAGAUGGGCUGUUCAAGUUGAUGUCAAGAAGACAGUCGGGUUAAGUGCUUUUGCACGAAUAGCACCUUCAUGCCCAAUAAUAGCCGACCUGGUUACUGUCCACAAUCUGUUUGACGCACUUACAAGUUCAUCUGGAGGCCGAUUGCACUUUCUUGUUUAUGACAAGUAUCUCAAGAGUUUAGACAGGGAAUUGAGGUCUGUGAAAGGUAUCAUUCAAUCAUCACUUGCCUCAAGUUUUCACCUUGAUGCUGGAGAAUGCAUAUUAGCUAUUGAUGGAGACAAGCCUAUUCAUCCGGUACUGCAACAUAUUGGAAUAUCAGCAUGGCCAGGAAGAUUGGUCCUCACAACACAUGCUCUUUAUUUUCAGAGUAUCAGAGUGGGAUAUGGUGAUAAGAUUGUCAAGUACGACCUAUCAACAGAUUCAAAUCAAGUGAUUAAGCGUGAUUUGACUGGACCGCUCGGUGUCCGCCUCUUUGAUAAAGCUGUGAUGUACAAAUCAAGCACUUUGACAGAACCAAUUUAUUUCGAUUUCCCUGAAUUAGGAGGUCCUUCACGAAGAGACUAUUGGUUAGCAAUCACCCGUGAAGUAUUGCAGGUGAACAGAUUUAUUAGGAAGUUCAAUCUUGGAGAUGUUCAGAGAGCAGAAGCACUCUCAAAAGCUAUCCUGGGCAUUUUGAGAUACUCUGCUGUCAAAGAAGCUUUUCAUAUUGCUCCUUCCCACUUCAAGACAACACUUACUUUUAGCUUAGCAGAAAAGCUUCCAAAAGGAGACAUGGUCUUAGAAGCACUGUAUAAUAACUAUUUCCAACUCUUGGACUCUUCAUUGAGACAUUUGGCAAUUGAUACUGCAGUCGACAAAAUGUCGGAGAACCAUUCUGUACCAUUUUCUUUGUAUGCUCUCUCUAGAAUGGGUUUUCUUCUGCUGAAGACAAAAGAUGAAACUGAAAAGGAAAUGAGCUUUUGUGCUGUUUGCUUUGGUGUAACAAAAUCUCUGGAGGCUGCCCUGGAAGAGUCAAUUUGUUACUCUGAGAGAAUAGAGUCAGCACGUGCUACAGUCGAUCAAGUAAAGGUGGAAGGCAUUGAUGCAAAUCUCGCCCUCAUGCAGGAGUUACUCUUCCCUUUCAUUCAAGUAGGCAAGAUUGUUUACUCUCUCAGCCAAUGGGAAGAUCCUUUGAAAUCACUUCUAUUCUUAGCUUUUAUGUUGUAUGUUAUUCAAAGGGAUCUCGUCAGUUACAUCGUGCCCUUUGUUAUCUUAACUUUUGCUAUUAUCAUGCUUUGGCAUAAGUAUAUUGGAGACGGAAAAUUGUUGGAAGUGCUUGAAGUGAAACCUCCUCCAAGUAAAAAUGCUGUUGAGCAGAUUUUGACAUUACAGGAGGCUAUAUCCAAGUUAGAAGAUUUUCUACAGGCUGCAAAUAUUACUCUUCUGAAGUUCAGAUCUGUCUUGUUUGCCUGUGUUCCUAAGGCCACUGAAGUAGUUGCAGCUGUACUUAUUGUCGCAGCUGCAUUUCUUGUCUUCGUACCUUCCAGGCAUCUGCUACAGAUGUUAGUCCUAGAGAUGUACACAAGGGAGAUGCCCCUAAGGAAACAGAACACUGAAAAAUUUCGCAGGCGAAUUAGAGAGUGGUGGGCUCGCAUUCCAGCUGCACCUGUGCAGAUGAUCAGACCUAACGAAAGCAAGAAAAAGAGGUGA